AUGCCGUCACGCCAAUUGGAAGUCGGCAUCAUUGGCGCCGGCAUAGCUGGACUUUCGGCAGCCAUCGCCCUCUCUCGCUCCGGCCACUCUAUCUCGUUGUAUGAGAAAUCCCGAUUUCGCAAUGAAACCGGUGCUGCCAUCAUCAUUGGGCCCAACGGCACAAUGAUCCUGUCUAAAUGGGGCUUCGACUUCGUCAAGGCCGGAGCUCUGGAUUACAGCCAGAUGCGCCGCAUCAGGGCUGACACCAUCGAGGUCGACUCGGAGGAGUUCUUCACCGGCGUCCGGGAACAGUACGGCGACAGGUGGCUGCUUUUCCAUCGCGCCGACCUACAUGCUGGGCUGAAGGAAUUGGUCGAAGCUUGUGAGCCCCGGCCACAGAUCAACCUCGGCUCCCCCGUCGUCGACGUCGACGUCGACAGCGGUGUCCUCAAGCUUGCCACCGGCGAGGAAGUCAGGAAAGACCUUGUUAUCAUCGCUGACGGCGCCCACAGCGAACUGAUCGCCAAGGUCAUUGGCCGUCCCUAUCCCGUGAGCAAGUCGCCCAUGUCCAUGUACCGGUUCCUGCAGCCCUUUGACAAGGUCCUCGCGCACCCGGAAGCAGGGCAGUUCUACAAGAACCAGCCGCCCGGGUUCACGACCUUCUACAAGACCGAGGUCGGUCGCCCGGGCCUGCUGAUCAACACCUACCCUUGCCGUGGCGGCGAGCUGCUGUACGUGGCGCUGGUGCACCCGACCAAGCCUAAGGAGAAAGGUAUUGAGGGAUGGGACUCGCCCGCCGAGUUGGCCGACGUCCUCGCCGACGCCAAGGGCUUCCAUCCCGCCGUGCAGGCCGUCUGCGAGGGCGCCACCGACAUCAAAGUGUACACGCAGAUGUGGCGCGACCCGAUCGAGCACUUCUCACGCGGCAGGGCCGUCCUGAUCGGCGACGCCGGCCACCUGAUGCUGCCGACGCACGGCCAAGGGGCGUGCAUGGCCCUAGAAGACGCGAUGGCGCUACAAGUUCUCUUCAGCGAUGUGACAGACGCGGACGACGACAACGCCGUACAAUCGCGCCUGCAGCUCUUUGACAAGCUGCGCCUCCCGCGCGUCAGCGCCGUGCAGACCAUGUCCAACAAGAUGAUGGGCCCGCCCGACAAGAUGAUCGCAGAGGUCAAGCGGCACUACACCGGCCCCAUCCCGGGGCCCAAGGCAAAGACCUUUUCUAAGGAGUACAAUGACUUUUUCUUCCUGUACAAUGUCGAAGACGAAGCGAGGAACUUGCGUUAG